AUGGACUUUCAUCCAUUUACCAAGUCUGCAAACUUUGUUGAUUUACUUAACAGUCAACAAAGUGUUUCUUCAACGCAAGUUCCCUUCUUAGCUACUGAAGGCAUUGAAGAUUUACACUUUGCUGAAGCCAGUCGUAAUAAAGAAAGAAUAACCUGGACGCCUACAGACGAUGUUGUUCUCAUCAGCUCGUGGUUAAACACGAGCAAAGAUGCAAUAAUAGGUAAUGAGCAAAGGUCGCUUGCAUUCUGGACAAGAAUUACUGCGUACUACAAUGCUAGUCCUAAGGUUGCUGGCUGUGAAAAGAGAGAGGCAUCUCACUGCAAGAAUCGUUGGCAGAAGAUCAAUGACAUCGUUUGCAAGUUCUGCGGUGCAUAUGAAGCAGCUAUCAGACAGAAAACGAAAUUGCGUAAUGACCAGAAGUGGUGCGCCUUGUCUACUGCUAAAAAAGAUGGAAGCUCCAAGAAGAGGAUGUGUGAGGAUGAUUCUGAGAUGAUGGAGCAUUCUGCUACUGAUGAUGGAGGAACAAAGCGUCCUCAAGGUGUUAAGACAAUGUGGGGCAUCAAGAAGCAGGAUUUAGACAUGAAAGAAAGGUUGUCCAAGAUGAAGUUAUUGGACAGUCUCAUUGCUAAACCCGAACCUCUUGCGGCUUAUGAAGAAGGUUUGAAGAAGAAACUCAUUGAUGAGUUAAUGUCUAAUUAG